CGCAGUUUAUUAUUGAAAUGUACUUUCCCGCUGGAUUUGGUCACUGCAAGGAAAUUCCCAAAAUAACUCCUCCCAUUAACGCACAAAACAAGACCUUAUCUACGCACCGCCACGCGGCUCGAACUCUGGACCAUUUGGGGCUUUACAAAACAUCAUAUUUACUCUGUAUGAAUGAAACUCGUUAAAAAACAAACGCCCGUUGUAUCUCAACCUCCGUGCCCCCUGGUCUACCGUUCGAAUCUCCAUAGGGCCGUAGAUUUGGCCAAAUCCUUCAGUUGAUUUGUAGCUGAUCUUGAAUUGGAGGGCUGCGGGGCCUAAGGUCACAUGGUAACAGAGGAAUAGGAGCGAAGGAAGAAAAUUAGAAUGGAUGAAAGCUGGAUAUGCGAUGAGUGCACUGCUUGGAACGAUAAAGACCUUAGCGUGUGUAUUCGAUGUGGAAACCCUAGGCCGGCGGUUAUUGGAGUUCAGCCCUACGCCGCGGUCAUGCCCGCUAGAAGUUAUGGGGUUGUGAGGGGAGCCCCUCCUGUUUCUCCUCCACUUACUCAUCAUCAUAAUCAUAAUCAUAAUCAGGUUGAAGAGGGAGGAGGAUCGGGUUUCUGCUUUCCAGGUCUUGUCGCCGUUGCACUUUCUGGAGCUCUUACAGGCGUAUUUGCCUUAGCAGGAGCUUUUACUGGAGCUAUCACAGGUGCAUUAGCAGGCCGAGCCUCUGACAGUGGCCUUAUUCGUGGAGCUGGAUUAGGAGCUGUGGCGGGUGCUGUUCUAUCUGUUGAGGUGUUGGAAGCAUCUCGUGCUUAUUGGUAUUCAGAGCGGUCCAGAUCUAGGAGCUCAUCGUCAAUGGCAGAUUUCAUUGAAGAGCUCCUUAAUGGAAGGUUUGUACAAGAACAGGUUGGCCCAGCAACACUAACUGCAUACCAUUGGCAGGUUAGAAUUGCAGGGUCGAGCCAUGAAGAGAUUUAUGACAUAUUUGGAGAAGAUGGAAUGCAAGGGUUAUCUGGGGAUUCCCUAGAGAAACUUCCUCGACAUCUAAUCACCGAAGAAAAUAAAAAGGAUGUUAGUGGGGAGAACAUUUGUUGCACUAUAUGUUUGCAGGACCUUCAACAAGGAGAAACUGCUAGGAGCCUGCCUUUAUGCCAUCAUACAUUUCACAUGUCCUGUGUAGAUAAAUGGCUUAUGAGGCAUGGAUCCUGCCCUGUCUGUAGGCAAGAUAUUUAGCGGUGUAACUGGUAGAAAGUACAUACAUUGAUGUCCGUAAAACACUUUGUCAACUGCUUUUUUGUAUAUAUACAUAUAUGUUAUGUUUACACUCGAGAGUCUGUAGCCAUAGAAUAUAAGUUGAACAAAUCAACAUUCGAUAAAAAGCCCAUUCUUUCAUUAUUAGGGGGACUCACAUUUAGCGGAAGCAAAGCUGUAUUGCUAUUGAGGUUGUUAUAUGAGCUAGAGCAGGUACAAAAUUCUUUUUUUGGACUUUGUCUUUUCUAGAUUUUGCCUCAAAAUAUCUGUAUAUAUGGUACAACCUAGAAGGGAAAGGCGAGGCAUUACAAAAUAACAAAAUAGAUCUGUUUUUAAUGGGGAUAAAAUGUUACAUUUAUUGAUAGUUUCAUUCCUUG